UUAAAGACAAGGGCCCAAAGGCCCAAAGCAGUAGGGUUUAUCCAUACAGAGGCAUAGAGCUCAAGUGAAGAAAAUCGGAGAUGGCAAACGAAAAGGAGCGAAUAUUCGUGGGGGGAUUGGGAUGGAGCGUGACGGAAGACGAUCUGGAGAGGCUGUUCACCGGCGUCGGAGGAAGCGUCGAUGGGAUCGAUGUAAUUAGAACCAAAGGCCGUAGCUUUGCUUACGUCGACUUCUCGCCUGCCUCAGACAAGUCCCUCUCCAAGCUCUUCGCCGCGUAUAAUGGGUGCGUGUGGAAGGGUGGGAAGCUCAAGGUCCACAAAGCUAAAGAACACUAUCUUGUUCGUAUGAGACGAGAAUGGUCUGAACAACAACAAGAUGCUCAACUCGCUGCUGCAGAGAAUACCACCCAAGAAGCUAAAACUGCCUCACAGAAUAGCACCAAGCAGCUUCGCUUGUUCUUUCCUGCUCUAAGAACGGUGAAAGCUUUGCCCUUUAGUGGAACUGGCAAGCACAAAUAUAGUUUCCAAAGGAUUCAACUUCCUUCUGCCCCCCUUCAUUUCUGUGACUGCCAAGAGCACGCCGUGACUAGCCCUUCUCCUGCCCAACUAAAUCAAUUAUCUGACCAUGUUAUCAAUGACAGGGAGCUUAACAUAAUGAAUAAAGUCAUGGACAAGCUCUUACAAAAGGAAAUUCAACAUGUUUCUGAUUAUGCUGAUCACAAUGUUUCUCUGCCUGGUCAACAACAUGAUGAAGCAGAGGCAGAGGAAGAUGACCUCAUAAUUAAUAUUGUGUCAAAUAAACAAGAAGAAGACAUACUUUCGGCAUUGCAGGAAUUGAGAUCCAGUGGAACACAGGUGUGCACAAAGAGUAUUCCACCUCCUAACAAAAAGAGAAAAUCCCUUCUCAUCAAUAAAUACAAUGAAGAGGAAUUGGAGUCUGAUAUCCCUGGCGGAAGGACGGAUUCUAAAUCUCAUUCAAAUAAACCCUUUGGAGCUCAACCAGAACUGGGUGUCCAACAAUCAACUGCAACGGUUUCAUGGUCUCAGAAAUGUUCAUGGAGACAACUUUUCAGUCAGAGGGACCACAAUGGGUUCAGUGUCUCCCAUAUACUGACAGGCAAAUCUACUGACCAUACGGAACUUGAAUGUGGCACUUCUGACAUGCAACAAUCUGACAGGAGAAACCAGGACCUGGCAAGUAAUGAAAACUCAGACAGCCAGCCCUCUGGGAUAGAGUCACUUGAGGGAAGUGCAGAAGAUACAUCUUCCAAGUCGGUAUCUGACUCAUAUGAGACAGGUAUUCCUUCAUUGCAUCAGGAAUUAUCAUUGACAAAAUUGACUGAUGGGACUUCCGGGAGUGUAACUGAACAGGCAAACUCUGGUGCUUUUGAAGUUCCCCAUUCUAACAGCAAAAAACAGGACUCGGCAAGAGAUGGAAACUUAGAAGGCCAGCUCUGUGAGAUGCAGCCAGUGGAGGAAAAUGCAGAAUCUCAACCUCAAAAUGCUCUAGGAAACUCAAAUAAGUCAGGUAGAGGAGCUUCAUGGUGCCAGAAAUCGUCCUGGACACAAUUAAUCAAUGACAAUACUGCAAGGUCAUUCAGCAUAACACAAAUUUUACCAGCUGGUAUCUCUUUCAAGCAGCAAGGAUUCCAAAAGCCGAGAGGUGUAGAUGUCAUGAGCUCUUUUGGCAGCAAGCUCACGGAGACGGUAAAGCAAGAUAAGAAUAAUCUUACUUGUAGAGUGUCCUCUUCUUCAGGGAUUGCUGAAAAGGAGGGGAAUGGUUUACCACGGCAUACUCCUGAAGAGAAUCAACAGAUUAUUGCUGGCAAUGACAUUGCUUCUUCUUCAGACAUGGGGAAAGAGUGUGAUUUUACACCAACACCAGCAGCUACAGGAACUGUUAACAAAGGUAAAACCUGCUUAUUUGUCAGAAGUGCUGCUUCAUUAAAUGAAUGGGCAAAAACUAAGGCUGCUCUAAGUGGUUCACGGAAAAGAAAGAACACUGACAAGUAGAUGAUCUGAGAACAGAAAACUAUUUCUCUCUGGGAUAUGAUACUUGCACCAAUCCAAGUUCACACUAGGAUUGCCCAAUACAAAUUAGUUCAAAGGUUUUAGUUGAUGUUAAAUAAUCUAGGUAGCCAUACAUGAAUUAUUAUUUCGCCCUUGGCAUUGGCAGCAUUCUGUAUUGGUGACCUAGGUAGCCAAAAAUGAGUUAUUAUCUUGCCGUUAGCAUUAGCAGCAUCCUGUAUCGGCAUUCUUGUUUUUCUAAAUUCUUGUUUAUCUGAUGCCCUGAGAUUCUCUG